AUGGAAUCCUUGAACCUCCAGGCGAAGUCAUCAUCAAUUAGAAAGCUUACCUGCCCAUUCUUGGAACUCGAGCAAUGGCGGUUUCUUCAAGUCACGCUACUGGGCUCUAGUAGUGGUUUGGUAUGUGCAAGUCUCGAUCCUCAUAAAAACUUCAUCUUAUGGAAUCCGUCAACCACUGUCUUCAGGAAAUUACCCGACCCAGAUUUUGGUGGUUAUUUUUCAGAGGAAGAAGCAGAAGAAGUUGAGUUUAGUGUUUAUCACUACGGCUUUUGUUGUGUGUCGGCUACUGACGACUAUAAACUUUUGAUAGGGUUUCGGAUUAACUCUGAAUUCGAGGAGCUCUUAAUAUUCUCAUGGAAGAAUCAAAUUUGGAGAGCCAUUUCCGGUGCCCCAAAGUGGAUCAACCGCAUAACCCAAAGUCAGGGGGCUCUUUCAAAUGAAAAACUUCACUGGCUCUUCGAUCACAAUAAUGGGUUCUAUGAAUCACAUGAGGAGGAAGAUUGUGUCCUUACUUUUGAUCUGGAAAAUGAGGAGUUUGGAAAACUUUCGCUGCCUGAUUUUGAUGAUAAUGAUGAUCAUCUAGAGUAUGCUAAUCUUUUGCGGGUCUCCUGUUAA